GUAGGCACUUGCAGCCGGUUAGAACAAUGCUUGCGCCCCGCAGCCUCAAUGAAGCGAACCUAUUGACCACUCAACUCCGAUAACAACUCCUAUGCGUUGGAUUUUCGUCGCCGCUGUGUAGUUGUAAUUUCUUCCAUAGACAAGCUUUUCAGUGCAUGUCCAUUGGCCGGGUAGUAACUCCGUCCGCUCGGACAGCGACGGAAUCAAGCAAUUACCAGCGCUUCUAUCCAAAACCAGCCGAUGCUUAUCCAACGAUCACUCUUCCUUUCCAUCUCCUUCAGUGGAGCUAGCACGGGCAGGGCGGCAGAUUCUCUUGCGCACCAUUCUAUAAUGCGGCUCCACUCACCUUUCCCCAGCUGUCGGUUUUUCUCUUUUAAUCCCCAACCCCUCCCCUUCCCUGCUUCAAAACCACCCUUCCCUUCUUUUGCUGCUACAGGCAAGGAAUCGAAGCAGCCCUUUGCUGCCCUGCUCCAGGCUGGCGGUGCGAAGAUAUCUAAAGAUGAUGUUGUGAGGGAGAACGAUCCCGCGAACAAUGUUCCGGAUACAAUAUUUUCGAAGUUAGGGAUGCAGCUUCACCGGAGAGAUAACCACCCAAUUGGAAUAUUGAAGAAUGCCAUUUAUGAGUACUUUGAUGCGAAGUACUCGGGGAAGUUUGUGAAAUUUGAUGAUCUUAGCCCCAUUGUUUCUGUAAAAGCGAAUUUUGAUGAUGUUUUGGUCCCUGCUGAUCAUGUUAGCAGGAGUUAUAAUGAUACAUAUUAUGUUGAUGCUCAAACAGUCUUGAGGUGCCAUACAAGUGCGCAUCAAGCAGAGUUGUUAAAAACAGGACACUCUCAUUUCCUGGUGACUGGAGAUGUCUAUCGAAGAGAUUCUAUCGAUUCAACUCAUUAUCCUGUAUUCCAUCAGAUGGAAGGGGUUCGUGUCUUUAGUUCCGAUGAGUGGGUGGAUUCUGGUUUGGAUGGAACAUCUUAUGCUGCCAUGGAUUUAAAGAAAUCUCUCGAGGGUUUGGCACAACAAUUGUUUGGUGAUGUAGAGAUGCGGUGGAUUGAUACUUAUUUUCCCUUUACAAACCCAUCUUUUGAAUUGGAGAUAUAUUUUCAGGAGAAAUGGAUGGAAGUAUUGGGAUGUGGAGUGACUGAGCAGGAGAUACUGAAAAGAAAUGGAAAAAUAAAUUCUGUCGCUUGGGCGUUUGGUCUUGGCUUGGAACGAUUAGCCAUGGUUCUUUUUGAUAUACCAGAUAUUCGGUUGUUUUGGUCAACCGAUCAACGUUUUACUUCCCAGUUCUCUGAGGGAAAGCUUGGCAUCAAGUUCAAAUCAUUUUCUAAGUAUCCACCAUGUUACAAAGAUAUGAGUUUUUGGAUAAGCGACUCAUUCACCGAGAAUAACUUAUGCGAAGUUGUGAGGGGAAUUGCCAGAGAUCUUGUAGAGGAGGUGCGGUUGAUUGAUACUUUCACAAAUAAGAGUGGAAUGAUUAGUCACUGCUACAGAAUUGCAUACAGGUCCAUGGAACGUUCACUAACAGAUGAGGAGAUAAAUCAGCUCCAGGCAUCAAGAUUGAUGUACAUGAAUCUAGCAUUGAUCCGGCAGACAGGAAUAUGGAGGAUAUCUCCAUUUCCUACAAGGAACAAACUUCUGGGAAUAACAAGUUCCAUUCAAUGUGCAGUCCACUUUAGAACGUGCAUCGAUAUACAUAAGGGCAAGGUAAAACAAAUUGUGGGUUCCACACUUCAGGAUGCAGCUGUAAAGGACACUCUUAUAACCAAUUUUGAAUCUGACAAGUCUCCAGCGGAGUUUGCAAAUUUGUACAAGCAGGAUGGACUAAGAGGUGGGCAUGUAAUAAUGCUUGAUGGUGAUGAAACGAGCAAAUCUGCAGCCACAGAGGCCUUACAUGCCUACCCUGGUGGUAUGCAAGUUGGUGGUGGUAUCAAUUCUGAAAAUGCCCUCCAUUAUCUAGAGGAAGGAGCUAGCCAUGUCAUUGUUACAUCACAUGUUUUCAGGGAUGGAAGAGUUGUUCUCGAGAGGCUCAAACAGCUUGUUCGUAUUGUUGGCAAGCAGAUGCUUGUCUUGGAUCUUAGUUGCCGGAAAAAGGGAGAGAAGUAUGCUAUUGUAACUGAUAGGUGGCAGAAGUUCAGUAAUUUGACUAUGGACGAAGAGAACUUAGCGUUCCUAGCAGCCUAUGCUGAUGAAUUUCUUGUUCAUGGAGUAGAUGUGGAAGGAAAAAGGCUUGGAAUUGACGAAGAACUUGUGACAUUGCUUGGGCGCUUUUCACCUAUCCCAGUAACUUACGCUGGUGGUGUGACAACAAUGGAAGACUUGGAGAAGAUUAAGAUUGCCGGGAUGGGGCGUGUGGACGCGACGGUAGGAAGUGCUUUGGAUAUCUUUGGAGGCGAUCUUGAGUAUAGCAAGGUCGUAGCCUGGCACUUUGAGCAAGUCAAAGAGAGCAGAUCCAAAAGUCUCCCCUGAUAGGCUCAACUUCAACUAUGCAUCAGUUUAUCAAAUUUGGUUGAGGUUUGGGUUUUGUUGGUAUUACUAAAUUUUGAUAGGGUUGAUUGCAUAUUCUUAUAAUUUUAAGAUUGUUUGUAGUUCUAAGCUUGCUUUUAAUUGAAAGCUUCCUUAAAUUUUGGUUGUUAUGUGUGUUUAACCAUUUCCUGCACUAAUGACACUUAUGGUUUAUAAUGUCACUU